AUGACGAUCGAAAAGGGAAGCAAGUGGCUUCUACGCAACUUGACCAACAAUGAUUAUAUACGGAUGGAGAGCGUUAUGACAACUGAGGGCGAAGUGACGGUAUCUCAUGUUGGUAACAGUUGGCUCACACUAGACAUGCUCCUGUUCUGGUUGAUCUGCUGGCGGGGAGAUGGCAGACAAAACACAUGGUCAUGGGAACAACUUGAAGGGUAUGUUGGCAUGACUGAAGAGGGAAUAGACGACACGCUGCACGAUCCAACAUACGGACCAUUGGACGACAAGUUCUGGCCUAUUUGGGCCGGCAACUGGGCAGGCCAUAGCUUGGAAGUUGUUACAGAUCGAGAACUUGACAGUUCAUGGGUUGAUCGAACCAAGUCAAUUGAAACGCUAGCUCCCAAGAUGCUUCUUACCAUGUACGGCCUUGCUUUGGCAGAAGGGUCGCCACAAGCACGACAUCAUUGGGAAUCGGUUUUUGAACAACGAGGAGAUGUCAUUGAUGAAGAGCACGAAUGUUAUGUUUCAGAUGGAGUGACGAUCGAGGCUAAGACUCACAAAAAGAUUGUCAUAGGAUCGCUUAGGGUACACGCAGAUUGUUUGUGCGGUUGCGAGUUGUGA